AUGAACACACCCAAUUCUGUUGCGAUCGGAUGGUAUGAACUUCGAUUCCAUCCACUAUCUCUUCUAUCUGCUAUGACCCAUUAUAUGGCUUCAGCUCGUGCAUCUAAUCCUAAUCUUAUUCUCGAAUUAGCCGGCGGAGCUGCAUAUUAUUUUGCAAAGAAAGAAAUAAAUGCUCGUCGACGAGAACAAGCAGCCGAUAACAGACGUCCGACUGAAAAGCUUGAAUGGUGGGAGAAGCUUGAACGGCAAGAAAGAGAGAAAGAACGACGUUCUAUAGAGAAGGGAGGAAAUACUACGGAAUCAUCACGUCCAUCCGGGUAG